AUGAUUGGAAACUUUAAUUUGACCAAAGAUGAGAUCAUUCAUGUACUUGUUGGUCAAAAAGGGGAAAAGGAGAGUUUUAACUCAAAAACAGCCGGAGGUGGAGGAGGUACAUUUGUAGUGAAAGGAAACAACAAGUCUUUGAUUAUAGCUGGAGGUGGAGGAGGAGGAGGAAUUAAAAAUGUAUUGGAACAACAUCCUGGAUGUGAUGCGUCCAUAAACACAACAGGGAAUGGAGGGUAUAACUUGCCAUUGGGUUCAGGAGGCAGCAACGGAAAUGGAGAAAAGGCCAGUACAAAAUAUUCAGGUAGUGGCGGCGGCGGUUUCUACAGUAAUGGACAAAGUGCUUCGAGCGGUUCUGGUCGAGAAGGUAAAGGAUAUCUUCAAGGAGGAGAGGGUGGAGAUGGUAAGGGUGGGUUUGGAGGUGGCGGUAGUUUACGUUGGAACCGUGGAGCUGGAGGAGGUGGAGGUUACUCUGGAGGAGACGGUGGAGCUAAUGAAGAGUUUUCCUGUGGGGGAGGGGGAGGAUCUCUUAACAAUGGGACAAAUCAGCAAAAUGAAUGUUGUUUUAAUAGGUAUGGACAUGGUAGAGUGAUCAUCACCUUUCUUCAGUGA